CGUGACGCGUAGUUUGAUUUCUAUUGGUCAGCUCAAACACUGUGGGAAAUUCAAUGUCGAAGGCCGAAGGUUCAGGUCAUAAUGUCAUCAACAAAAAGUAAAAGUGCUAGAGCAAUGAAAACAGCUCAGAAGUCUGACAAGGAAAAUUGCCAACCCAUCAAUGGAAGGAAAAGCAAACUUCCUGUACCAGCUGAAAAUGUUGCUGAGAAGAAGACUAGGACUCGGGCUAAACCAGCUCCAAACUUUAAUAAGUUGCAUUCCCAGUGGACUAGCAAGCUGCAGAUUGGGAAAGCGUGUCGGAAGAAACCAUGUACUGUGUCUCAAGAAUUCAACUUGACAAGACCAGGAUCAAAGGCCCAGGUUAAAGCUGAGGAGGUGACCCCAGUGAAAGGCCUUGAUGUUCAAGCAGGGGGCCGACAGUGUUUCACACCAGAUGCCAAGUCAAUGAAGGACUUGGAACUAAACAGAGAGCUGUCUCCUUCUCAGCAGUCUGGCCGGGCGACCAUUGCUACAUCCAGAUUGACAUCUGAUCUGGAGAAAGGAAUUCUACAAGAAUCACAGAGUGACCACCCCAUAGACAGACACCGACCUCCAGCCAAAAGGAGUAAGCCCAAUGCCACCAUGUCUCUUGCUGACCAACAGAAGCAAGCAGAUUUGCCAUUCAAGACUGACAAGUCAGCGCUCAGUAGCAUCUUAACCAAUUCUGGAAUAGAAAAUCGUCCAUCUGUGGUCACUCCAAAUAAACAGUGUCAGAGAGUAUCAAUCUACUAUCAGGCUCAGAACAGGGUCUCACUGUUUGACAACUGUGUCAAGAAACGACUGAUGACUGUUCCUAGUACUGUGGAGAAGGUGACGGAGGCUGACAGAAUCUGUAUAACGGAAUCCCCCUAUGUGAAGGGAGCUAGAGUUAAGCCUGUACGAAACUCGGUAUAUCCUGAGUAUGUCCGGAGAACCUUCCUCACUCCCUCCACCCCCAAGGGAGACACUGACGGUCCCAUCUCAGCAGUCUCAGCCAGCACGGCUAGACGGGUGCCCAAUCCCAAUUAUAAAGGACUGGGAGGAUCUGUUAAUAAAAUUAGAAAAACCCUCAGAUGGGGGGACAUACUGGCAAGUCCAAACUGCACCCUCAAACCAGAUAAUCAGAAGGUUGCAGACAUAAGUGUCACGCCCUUGUCUUCCGGUGGGAUUGACCAGUGUCCAGCUGUCCUGAUGACCAAGCCAGCCCUUGGUGAAUAUGACAGUGUGUCCAACACUGGGCAGGGUCUCUGUAGCCAUCAGUGUGGCAAAGUGUAUAUGGGUGGGAGUGACCAUUGUCCAGAUGUGCGACUGUCCAGUUCUGGCCUGGGUAAAUGUGACGGUAUGUCCAGCACUGAGCAAGGUCCCUGUAGCCCAGAGUGUGGCAAUGUGUACAUCAGUGGUACUAGAGCUGGGGAUGAUUCAUCGGUGAAGGCAGGAGUGAGUCAUCACCCACUAAACAACACCGGCAGCAGCAGCAGCAGCGGCGGCAGUGGCCACUGUGUCAGAGCCGGCACCCUCCUUCCUCCUUCUCUCCCAGCAUCCAGUAGUAUAGUCGUCUCUCACACCACCCAGCCACACACACCUGGUCAUGAGAACAGUUGCCACCAGCACUCCCUGCAGCCGUCACGGUCGUCGGCGCUGGUGCACCCAGGUGCAACUGUUGUGGGUACCGUCGGUGUUGACGCUGCACAGCCCCGGCCGGCAAUGAUUGACAUUGGCACCACAUUGGCACCACACCCCGGCGAUGUCAGUUGUCAGCGCCCGUUACAGAGUUUGGAGGAGAAGGAGCGACAGCUUCUGCACGAGUUGCAGCAGCUAAACAUGGCCAUGAGUGACGAGCAUAAACAGGACGACAAUGACAACAAUCAUCCUCAUCAACAUGAUCUCACCCAUCACCAGCAACAACAAGAACAACAGCUGCUCACACAGCAACAUCAACAAUCUAGUCGUCGUCAUCCAGACACCUCAGGUGUGUCUGUCAUCCACCAUCUUCUUACACCAUCAUCCCGGCAACCUCAGAUUCCUUACCAGCGUCAGCUUCCCGGUGUGACUAUAUCUAACAUUAGUACCACACUAACACACAGCUCAGUGACUCAGGGAUUACAACUGGGUGUUCCAAGUGACAUCAACUCCAAUGUGACACGAGUGGCUCCAGGUCCUUGUCCACCUGCACCAGCAGAGAGUCAGUUGGGUGGCAUCCAGGUGACUCAGUCACAGAUCCAGCAGCAACUCCUGGCUGUCCAACAGAGCCAGCUGGAGCUACUGAGAGUGCAACAGCAAUUGGAACAGAGGCUGAGGCAGAGUCAGAUGUCUUGUGGAGCCCAACCUGACCAGUCUGAGCACAACAACAACACAGAUCUCAAGUGCAAUACACAGAGCAUUCCUCCAUGUGCCCCGAACAGGGUCCAUCACAGCCAGCCUGCAGGCAGGAGCAGACUCAGAUGAAAUCUGGGGACAUUAAUGACAAUUACCAGCAAUCCUCAUCAGCAGGAGCUGCACCUCAUCUUGUGACUGACUCAUGUGACUCAGAUGAAGAAGUCAAGUCUAUGACAACCUCCUCGAGUGCCGUCCACGCAGGUCGUGGGCUGCAGUCUACACAAUCUGACUUUUCCUUGUCUUCCAGUAGUAAGCGUGAGUGUAUAUCUAACAUUGAACAAAGUGUCCAAUCCAAGUCUCAUGAAUCCGGUGAUGUGUCUAGUGAGGGGCGACACGUGUCCUCAACUUCUGAACAAUUUUCACAGGGAAGCAGUGAAAAUGUGCAAGAAUCUGUGACCCAUGAUUCCAGUGCUCCUCUCAGCCCGAGGGCACCCUGCAAGCUACCUCUGUUGAGAGAAGAGCUGGAACUGACACCAGAUGUUGUCAGUGGCACCAGAAAGACCCACUCUCCUGUCCCUGUCACAUCCAUAGCCCUGGGUUUGUCCAUGCCACAACCCAACCGACCAUCUCAGGCAACCUUCGAGGAGCACUCUCCUCCCACAAUCACGCCUCCAAUAUGGACACCUCUAGCUCUCAAAGUGGCAGCUAGUCGAUCAUCCCCAAAGGGAGACGACUCUAAUGUUCCAUCACUCAAACUGGAUGAGGAAUCUGUGUGUUCUGAUGAGAGGGAAAUUCCAGAUUCUUCAAGUGAACCUUCUGAAACCUGUAAGCGUCAGUGUGUUGAAGUCUCAGAAGAGUCAAGGUUCAGGAGUAUCCUGCAGGAAACAAAAUCGUCUGCCUUUGAUCAGGUCGUCCCUGCAUCGGUGACCCUUGUGACUUCCAGUUUGACCUCUGUGACCCUAAGUGCAACCUCUCCCCUGCCAGCCAAGCAGGCGCGACAUGUACCGAGUGACUCAGACAUUUACCUUGAUGCACUCUUGGAUGAUGAGUGUGCUUUGUUCACUUGUCGAUUACAAACGUUCUUCAGGGAUGUAUCAGAACCAGAGCGUGGUGUGCAGGAUCCUGUAGCUCGGACACUGAUGGAGGGAGAUGAUAUGCAUUUUGUGCCGAUCCAUGAUGACCUAGUGACAACUACUACACUUGAGGGUUCAGCUUUCUCAGCCUACUCCCCGGUUUGACUUGUGACAUCAGUUGUCCUCAAAUGAUCUUGACUACAAUGAUCUUGACAUUCUCCCGUUCUCAAUGAUCUCAUGUUGGCCCUCGCCACCAGCCAUUGUUUUGUCAGCGUCUCAGGCGCUAUAUAGAUUUGGUUGAUAUAUUGUUUAUUAUGUAAUUUUGAUAUGGCAUUUUGAAUAAUUGUGAAGUGUUUUUAUUGUCCUGAUUAUGUUCUGCCAUGAUUAUGAAGCCACAUUUUCCACUCUGACUUGAGCUGGUGUGUAAGGGUUGAAAGUGUUCCUCAGAACUGAUGUCAUCAAGCAGUCGACUUUGCCUAAAGAUGUGUGAUAAUGUUUGAAAAAUAAUCAAAACAGGAUGGGGAAAACCCCAACCACAUGUCUCUUACAUAUCUACUGAAAGAAAGCUGGUCAGUUUAUCAGCAAUACAGGUGCCACAGCCUGCUGUAUGGCACGACUCCACUACAUCACCUCCACCUUCUGAACCCAUUCUGUCAUGACACACCAUCAUUUAUAGUAUCACAAAUGGGGCAUUGAAAUAGUUUGGGUUAUUUGAAUUUAAUUCAAAACUGUUUCCUUGUUCCAUUACUUACUGCCAGUUUCUUAACUUUUCUAUAAUUUUAGAGUUUAGAAUUUCUUGUGGUAAUUUUGUAAACUUUAACAAAGCAUGCACUCAGAUACCAUUUUACACAAUUUGGGCAUGGG